UUCAGACAAUGUGAUAUGAAGGCGUCGUAGAGGCAGAACCAGCAUGAAGGGACUGCACGUCCCUCUUCAACACCUAGUUCCCUACUCUCUCCUCAUCGCUACCUUCACUUCAGUACAAACAGGCUGUCAUUAUAUGAACAGUAAACACAACUCUCUGGAUGCAGUGACUUCCACCCCUGGACCUCAGGACAAGGGUAAAGACCCCUACUUCGACCCCCUCACCCCCCGCAACGUCACCGCUCUUGUGGGCAAAUCUGCCUACCUGAGUUGCCGAGUCCGUAACCUUGGGAACAGAACGGUAUCCUGGGUCAGACACCGGGACAUCCACAUCCUGACGGUGGGAGGCUACACAUACACCUCGGACCAGAGGUUCAUGGCUCUACACCACAGAGACAACGACGAGUGGACCUUGCAGAUCAAGUGGGCUCAGAAGAGGGAUGCUGGUAUGUACGAGUGUCAGAUCUCCACACAACCUGCUCGGAGCUUCUUCGUCAACCUGAAUGUCGUCGAUCUUAAGACAAUCCAAGAGCACGACUUGAAGAGACUAAUCCAGUCACCUAGAGAGUACGACCCUUAUCAGCAAAUGUUCCGAGAUAUUUACCAAGUACCUACGGCCACAAUACUUGGAGGUCCUGAUCUCUAUGUGGAUAAGGGCAGCACCAUAAACCUCACUUGUGCUAUCCGAUACAGCCCUGAGCCACCUGUCUAUAUCUUCUGGUACCACCAUGAAGAGACGAUUAGUUACGACUCCACGCGAGGAGGGGUGAGUGUCAUCACGGAGAAGGGGGAAGUGACCACAAGUUAUCUGCUGAUCCAGAACGCUGAGCUGUCAGACAGCGGCAAAUACACAUGCAGCCCCUCCAACGCUGACGUGGCCACCGUCAGAGUACACGUGCUGAAUGGAGAGCGGCCGGCAGCGAUGCAGACAGGAUCAGCAGGUCUCAGCAACAGCUCCCUCAACAUCCUAGCACUGAUCCUGCUGUGCUGGUCUUACUCAGCAACUCUACAGGUCCUUCAUUCGGGAUCCUGGAGUGAGAGAUCCACGCAAAGUUCAGGAUCCUCUCUCAGAUAAUAAUGACAAUGAAUGUGUUUCUGUUCUUCAAACUUCCAAAAAGUUUUGUCUUCGAUUUGUACAUAUAUGUGUACAAGCUGUUAAGAGUUGUUGAAUUUUGAGUCCAGGGAAAAAUAUAGUGUUAUAAAAUGGGUGUUAAAACCGAGCAACGAAUUAUUAUUAUUCAUAAUAUUUCUUUACAUUAGUUUAUACAACUAUUCCAUUAUUUUAAUUUUAUAUUUUUUCAUCAUAUUAUGCAAUUUUUUGAUUAUUUAUCCUCAACAUUAGCAACUAUUGCAGAAUUAAAGAUUUAGUUACGAGAUUCUUUAUUAUAUUGUACCAAGUCGUUUCGUCCGCGUGGUAUUGUAUUUUCCCCUAAAACAAAUUGAAUGAGUAAUGAAGGUUUUUGAAUUAGUUUAGCUAGUAUAUGACAACAAUACCCGUGUAUUAUUCAUGUUACUACCAGCACUAUGUGUACUUUAUUAUAACCUAGCAGACACAGUAAAUAAUAACUUACAGGAUCCAAUAUCUUAUAUUUUAAAAAUAAUUGUUAUCGGAAAGAAUGGUCGUGGGGAACGUACAAUACAACCGGACUAAAUACGUAGUUACUAUUUAUAAUGUAAAUAUGUAUAUUAUUAUGUAAACUACUUUUGUGUAAAAAUAUCAUAGUGUUAUACUUUGUUUUGUACAUAAAUCCAAUAUGUAUUGUAUGAUUACAUUUAUUAUAAUAAAC